GCCCCGGUACUGUGCAUUGAGACUUUGGAGAAGAGGAAGAAGUUUUCCCUGCCAUCCAAGCAGUCGGACUGGCACAGUGAUACCAACUUGCUAACUGGGUUUAAUCAGUCAGCCCACAUCCGCCGCAGUGGACGUACAUUUGAGACCGCAGUUUCCCCAGUUUUGGUUUUAUUUUCCCAAGAGCGACUUUCACGUUGGGAAAUGAGCUUUUUGUUUCUCACCUUUAAAGCAGAACGUGACUUUCUGCCGUGCUCCCCCGCAGCGGAGUCAGUGAGUGCCCAGUUACCUUCUGAGCAUGGGUGGUGUCAUGCCCUCCGUUGGAAAUCGGUCGUCUAAGACUUUCAAGCCGAAGAAAAACAUCCCAGAAGGCUCCCAUCAGUAUGAGCUGCUGAAGCACGCAGAGGCAACACUGGGCAGUGGGAAUUUGCGCAUGGCGGUCAUGCUUCCAGAAGGGGAGGACCUCAACGAAUGGGUGGCGGUCAACACUGUAGAUUUCUUCAACCAGAUCAACAUGUUGUACGGGACCAUAACUGACUUUUGUACGGAGGAGAGUUGUGCUGUUAUGUCUGCAGGGCCCAAAUAUGAGUACCACUGGGCUGAUGGAACUAAUAUAAAAAAACCAAUCAAAUGUUCAGCACCAAAGUACAUUGACUACCUGAUGACCUGGGUACAGGACCAGCUGGACGAUGAAACACUCUUCCCAUCCAAAAUUGGUGUUCCAUUUCCCAAGAACUUCAUGUCUGUGGCAAAAACAAUCCUGAAGCGCCUCUUUCGGGUUUACGCCCAUAUAUACCACCAGCAUUUCGACGCCGUCAUUCAGCUUCAGGAGGAGGCUCAUCUCAACACAUCAUUCAAGCAUUUUAUCUUCUUUGUCCAGGAGUUUAACCUGAUCGACAGAAAGGAGCUGGUCCCAUUACAGGAGCUGAUUGAAAAACUGACCUCCAAGGACAGAUAAAAGCAGACAACCUUCUCCUUUGCCUUAUAGAUCUCCCCCGAUUUCCUCCGCUUUCAUUUUGUACAGGCUUCUUGUUUCUUUGUGCUGUAGUGUGAGCCGACAUUAGGAGUAUUUCCUUUAGGGUGGUAGGAAUGAGGCAGACGUUGAUGCUCAGAGAAUCAUCAGCGUGUCUCAUUUCAGAAAGGUUGUUUUGGCUUGUUGCUGUUACGUCUGGUGGCUGGCUGCUUUGAAUUUUGGCCAUAUUCUCCGUAUCCUAAGUCCCAGUGGGGGAGGGGGGAAAUCAAGUGCCUAAUGGUUCACCUUAUCACUGUAACGGUCCCACAGAUGAUAAUCUGCAAAUUAUUUGGAAAACUUUAAAUUUAAAGCCAUUUUAAAAUUAUUAUUUAUUUUUAUAUUCUACUGGAUGACUGACCUGUUUUUGGAGAGGUAAUACUGCAAUUCUGGUUUAAGGGGGGUGUUCAUGUUUAUUUUUCUGCUUCUACCGUGCCACAUGCUAAACUUUUUUUUCCCCUUUGUUCAAUUUGUCUUAUUUUUGUGCAAAUAAAGUGACAAUACUUUAUCAUAACAGCUGUUCCAGAUCAGCAUACUAUCAGCGACAUAAAACUGCAUGGUGAAAAUCUCUUUACAGUUUUUUUUUUUUUUUACAUUUUAAAACAAUUUUCUGCAGCUGUUAUUUUUGCUUAAGUUGCUAUUGUUACUCGCUUAAUCUGGCGCUCAGCACAUUUUUAAUAUCAUUCAGAAUGUAGAUCUUUUUAAAUAGUUACAUACUUUAUUUAAGGAAAAUAGUUUACAUGACAGCACAUGUAAGCAUAGCUAUUAGCUUUGAAACCCAUAACUAACUGAUUGUAGCUGCUAGAAACUCCAUAGCUGUUCAUUUCCUUAAUAUGGAAUGAAUGGAUCCAUUUUGAAAGAGAAAGUAUUUUGGUGUGGCUUUAGACGCACCAUUAUUUUUAAGGUGAUUUAUAAGUGUGCUAGGAAGUUGUUUCUUAAAAAAAGAAAAAGAAGGUUAUAUGUAUAUAUUAUAUUUUCACACUUCCUGUUUUUAAGGAAUUACUUAAGGUAGCUGUUUCUAUUCCCAUUUGGAUGAAAGUAUCAACUGGUUCUGUGAAACCUUUUUUCUGCACCCACGCAAAGCUCAAGGAGAAUGCAUGUACAACCUACCAGCCUAGCAGUUUGUGGUAGUUUAGUUAAUAAGUCAUAUACAGCACAAUUGGACCAUAAAACCUAAAUAAGCUUUGUUUAAUCAUUGUCUUUGAAAGUCGUCAUUUACACAAUGAUGACUGUCGGAGCAGUGUGGGGGAAAAAAAGGCCCACCCAUGUCAUACUAUGCAGUAGUAGAAUGAUAAACUUUAAAAUUUAUGGUCUAGCAUUUAGACACGCUUCACUCAUCAGAUGUCUAGAUCAUGGUUAACCCAUGACACAUCGUCCCAGAUCUUUGCCCGACAUACAGCAGGACACUCUCUAGCGCCCCCCUCAGGUCACUUGUAUCUAAGUGCCAGAGAAUGCCAGCUGUGUGUCCCAAACGCAUAUUCGCAGAUUAGUUUCUCACAAUGCAGAGAACUGUUCUAAAAAAGAGAUCCGCUGUCCCUGUAGCCAACAUUUUGGAGGGAGUGGAGCUGCAUUAGGGAGGAUGGAGUGCUGAAAGAAUAGCAAAUCUGUAAUGUAUAUUUAAAAGUUGACAAAAAAAGACUGUUGCUAUGCAAUGUCCUUAUACUCGGUGGAUUGUUAUGCUUUGAUUACAUUUGUCUUAUUUUUCCUUUUUUCCCCAAUCCAGUUUUAAUCAGCACUGAUCAUAUGUUUCAUUAAGUGUAAUUUAGAACAGUAUUGCAUGCAUAUGUCAAUUUUAGACAGGCCUGCUCUGCAAACUGUGAAGCUGAAUUGGUUGGAAAAGAAAAUGAAAAAAAAAAAUACCGAUUUGUAUGAAUUUUUCACAAAUCCUGUGGAAUGCACUUUUUUUUUCCUUUUUCCCCAUGAUAUACAUAUUUGCUACAUAGUUGCAGACAGAUUUGUUUAUAGAGGCAUUAUCUUCUGAGUCCAGAUAAUUGCAAUGUUAAUUUUAAGGGAUGUAUUAGUUUUUCCAGAGUAUUUUCCAUUGAUUCUAACGAUAGUGACAGCACAGCCCUUAGGUCACUGAUGGUAAUGCAAUGCUUUGUGAUAUUGUAAAACAACAGCGCCAAUUGUUCUUGUAAUUUGGCAGAUUUUGACAGUUAUAAAUUCUCCUUCUCCGUGUGGUUGUAAUAUUCAACCAGCUUUUGUUGAGAAUGUUGUAAAUAACGCAUAUAUGAUGUGGUAUGCACUGAGAUUGAGGAUAGUAAGUUACAGGAUUUUUGUGGAACAAUGUUGAAUGCCAUUUAUAUGGAUAAAUAAAGGUUUGUUCAGUCAAA